GCGGCCUGCCCGCCCUCCCGCCCCGCAAGGAUGGAGCCUGGGCGUCCCGCCGCUUCCACGCCAGCCGGGGAUCCCUCAGGGAGAAAGAGCAGCCUGGUCCCGGAAGAGGAAGACGGCAGAAGAAGAAGAAGAAGAAGCAGGCGCCGUGCAGGAGGAGCUUCCUCAGGAGCCGGCGCUCUCUCCGACAGAAAGGUGGUGCUGGGCGGGAAGCCGGCCUCCUCCCGCCUCUAAGGGGAGCCGCAGCGCCUGCACCCCGCUUCCCGUCCUGUGGCUGCCUCCUCCCGCGGAAUGCUGGGAAUUGGAGUCCACGGAGGCCCAGGGCUCUCUGGCUGAGGGCUCUCGAGUGGCGCGUCGCUCAAACUACAAGACCCAGCAUUCUGCAGCCCCAGGAUGGAAAGCGGGAUGCAGGCGCCGCUCUUGUAAUAAGUCAGAACACAAAAACAUAGAAGAUGCUACGGGAUCAAAAUCAGGAAAACAGAAGGCCUUUGACAGGAUCAUCGGGACCUGAAGAAAACUCUAAUCGCGUGAUCGUCAUUGUCUUCGUUGCUCUCCUCAUAGACCUCUUGGGUUUCACCCUUAUCCUUCCACUCCUUCCUUCAAUACUUGAUUAUUACAGCAAAAAUGAUAAUGGUUUGUACAGGAAUUUGCAGCAUGGAGUGGACUGGUUCAGCGAAGCAAUUGGUGUGCCUCCUGAGAGGAAAUACAAUGCUGUCUUAUUUGGAGGUCUAAUUGGAUCGGUCUUUUCUAUGCUUCAGUUCUUUUUCUCUCCACUCACUGGUGCUGCUUCUGAUUGUUUUGGGAGAAGGCCAAUCAUGCUGUUGACUGUGAUUGGUCUGAUUGCAUCGUAUUCUCUGUGGGUCAUUUCAAGAAGCUUUGAGCUGUUUCUUUUCUCUAGAGUAAUUGGUGGAAUAAGCAAAGGGAAUGUCAGUCUCUCCACUGCCAUAAUCGCUGAUUUGCAAAAUCCGAAAGCUCGAAGCAAAGGCAUGGCAAUGAUUGGUGUGGCGUUCUCCUUGGGUUUUACUUUUGGUCCAACUCUUGGAGCAUAUCUUGCUAUGGAGAAAGAGAAAGGAGAGAUCUUCUAUGUUAAGGCUGCAACCUUUGCUGUCAUGUUUGCAGUUACUGAAUUGGCUUUCAUCUUCAUGCUGUUGCCAGAGACGCUGUCAAAAGAACAACGGGUGUCCUCCGUGAUGUCUGGUUUUCAGUCAGCUGCUCACUUGAUCAGUCCUUUGGCCUUGUUUCAGUUUUCUGCAGUAAACCAAAGAAUGGAACCACAUUCCAGACAGAACCUCAAGACCCUUGGCUUAGUGUACUUCAUGUACCUCUUCCUUUUCUCUGGUUUGGAAUACACUCUGGGUUUCCUUGUUCAUCAACAUUUCCAAUUCAGCAGCAUGGAACAGGGAAAGAUGUUUUUCUUCAUUGGAAUAUCAAUGGCUGUGAUCCAGGGAGGCUACACUCGAAAAAUCAAGCCAGGAAAUGAAUUAAAGGCUGCAAAAAUGGCAAUACUGCUGUUGGUUCCUGCUUUCCUUUUAAUUGGCUGGAGUAAUAAUGUGAUCGUUCUGGGCACUGGAUUGUUCCUCUACUCUUUUGCUUCUGCAGUUGUUGUUCCUACUCUGUCUACAGUGGUGUCCGGCUAUGGAUUGAUAAGCCAAAAAGGAACGGUAAUGGGCAUCUUAAGGAGUCUGGGAGCCCUGGCAAGAGCUGUUGGGCCAAUCACGGCGGCCACAGUAUACUGGUUGGCAGGAGCUGAAGUUUGUUUCACGGUCUGUGCCUCUUUGUUCCUCCUGCCCUUCAUUCUGCUUCGAAGCAUUCAAGAACCAAAGAAAGUGGAAUAAGUAAUCACGUAUUUUCUAAGACACUACAAUUAUCAUGCUCACUUGGCUGACUAAGAAGCAGGUUUAUAGAACUGCACAUUUUGAUGGAAUGGUCUUGGAAAAUAACUCAAUCUUUGGGUCAUGACAUCCACAGGAAGGCCUCACAUUUAUAUAUAUUUGGUACAUACAAAGAUCAGAAUGAAGAGCCUUGUGGGUAUUUUUUUCUUAUGUUCACUAUGAUGAACGGUCCUUGUAAUGUAAUAGUUCUCAAAUGUUUCCAUCAAUUUUUUUUUGAAGAAAAGUAUAUUUAAAAAAACCAAAAGGUCUACAAAUAGUGCACUUCAUCUCUUUCUCUCUCGCUCUCUCUUUUUUUCUUUCCUUUCCUGAUCUGGAACUGCUGGACUACAACUUUCCAAAAUCUGUAGUCAAUAUCUACAGAAAAGUUCCCUAGCACAUUUUUUCUAAGUAUAUGUAAACAUGUAUGUAUAUUUUGAUCUGCAAACUAAUCUCUUAGUUUGGACUUAACAAGAUGUAAAGUAGUAUGAAUGUUGCCUUAAACUAAGUAUAAGAAACGUGUUGCCUUACAGAUACUGGGCUGUACAUUCGCAUCAUAGGUAAUCAUGAGGAAUUAUGGGAGUUGUAUUCAGAAGUGCACUAGGGUGCACAGAAAAUGUGAUUCAGUUCUCUUUUUGCCUUAGCAGGGUAGACUUCACUGUCAGUAAAGUAAAUAUUGUCUUGCAAUGCUUAUCCUUUUAAGUGGCUAAAAACUGGGAGAGCUUCCGUGGAUCAAGAGUUUUCCUUACUCCAUCUAUACUACAUGUGUCAAACACAAAGCCCACAGGCCAAAUCCGGCCCACCAUGUCAUUUUAGGUGGUCCUUCAGAUGCUGGACUACAGCUCCUGUAUUGCUCAUCAUGAGACAUCGUAACGAGAGCUGAUGACAGUUGUGAUACAGUAACACCUGAAAGGCUUGUUCUGUUCAGUCAGGAAAGUGGGCUUUGGAUGUAGGUACAUGGCUUGUGGAUAUGAUGUCUGACUUUAAAAUAUCUCUAACCCAGGUAUGGGCAAACCCAGGUCAGGGGGCCAGAUGUGGCCCUUGGGACUCUUUUCUCAAGCCCUCCUCUCUUUCACCUUCCUAUAAGCAUGAGGAUGUGGUGGCCUACCUACAUCCUCAUGCUGAGAGGAGACCAGGGAAGUCACACACGGCAGCAACACCAGCCUCUUCUGGUCUACACCUUGGCCUCCACCUCCAUGGGACUUAGCUGCUCCUCACUGGCAUGCGUGGAAUCAGCAAUUCCCCUUCUUCCAGACCUCCGCCCCUGGCAAACAGGAGGGCGGCUCCUCUUACACCUCCUCUUCCUCCUGCUCCUCUGUCACCACCACUUUUCUCAAGGUCAAGUUCCCACUCAGAAAGAACAACAUGAGAGGGAAGGAGAGCCCUAGGCAGCUGCAUGCCCAGGUGGUGGCGGUGGAAGAGGAGGAGCUGCCCUCCUUGUCACCGGGGGCAGGGGCCUAAAAGAAGGGGAGUGUGCUGGCAAGGAGCAGCUGAGUCCCAUGGCAGCGGAGGCCGAGGUGCAGGCCAGGAAGAGGCUGAUGAGCACGACUUCCUGGGCAUGGCCGUGGACCAGUCAAGCUGCCAUGUGUGAACCCCCCCCCCAAAAGACCAACCCCCUGACCUCCCCCCUCCCUGCCCGGGCUACCCAACCUGCUCUAGCCCACCAUGUGGCCCCCAAGUUAAAAGUUUGCCCAUGCCUGUUCUUACCUUUCUCCAACCUCACAGCCACAAGUGUUGUUGGGUUGCAAUUCCCAUUAUCCCCAGUCUAUGUGGCAUGUAAUCAUAAGUGAUGGAAAUUGUCAUUCAGCAGCACCUGGGGAAUCCAAAAUGGGUAAAAACUAAAGAGCACAAACCACUAUGUAAUAAAAAUUAUGUACAUAAAAUUGUAUGUAAUAAAAGUAUAGUUAUUCUCCAUUUAAUGGCCCUUUGAAGGCAACCAUGAAGCUGAUGUGGCCCUCACUGAAAGUGAAUUUGACACUCUUGAUCUAUAUCAUACUGCCAGCCCUCUAACAUUAGACAUGUGUCUCUCUAUGGGGCACGGAAUAGGAGCACCGAAUUGGAGCUGUUUCUAACCUUAGAGGGGAAUAUUCGGUCACUCCAGUAAAAGCAAGAACAUAUACUGCAAGUUUGAUUAUUUUUGUUUCCUCUGGUGUUUUCUAUCAUUUCCCAUGGAAUGCAUUGUUCAGAGACUCAUAAAUUUAUGCAGAUAAAAAUCAUUCAAUUACUAAUUUAUUACUAAGAUUAGAAUACAGUAAACUAUGAAAAUUCAGGAUUUGAAAUGGACUAAUAGUAUCCCUUGCUGCUUCACCAAGUUCCAGAAUUCAUUUAUGUUAAAGCAAAAAAUGAUGAGAACAGGAAAUGGUGGUAGGUUUGAUAGCAAAAAGCUGUAACAUUGAAUAUUUGGUUGCAAAGAACAAGAAAACAUAGGAGUAGAAUAAUAAAUUUAAAUAUUUCAGUGUAAUUUUGAGUAUUGCUAUUUUCUCUGAAAAAGAUCAUUGUUAUAAAUUCAAAUUCUUUUUUGUACUUCCCUUCAAAGUAUGUUUGUAUAACCAAAUCAUGUAGGAACCACACCAGUAUCUCACUUGUGUCUUAGGAACAUGUACCCGAAAAAAUACGAGGAGGGGUGCAAUUUCUUCUCGCACUUAUUGUCAUAUCCUACGUGUCUAAAAUGUUUGAACAAUGAAUUUGUCUUCAAAGACUGUAGGCAACUUGUAAAUGUGGCCUUAGCAUGGUGAUGUGGGUGAUGCCAUAUGCUGUAAUCAUAUUAAUAGAUGGCAAAUUGCUGAACAAUUUGAAUUUUGAAACACACAAUAUCAUGUUAGCUAAACUAUAAUGACAUGUCUUGCUAGCCCUCCUUGGCUAUAAUAGAACCAAUUAGAACCAAUAUAACUCUGUGUCCAUCUUUUUCUAUUUUGUUUUCUGUUUAUUUUAAAAUUAUCUUUGAUUUCCUAGAGGUAGAUUCUCUAGGUAUGUAUCACAAUGAUUUUGCAUGUAUCCAGUUACUUUUUAAGUAACUCUUUGUAUUAUUUUCUCACAGUUAUUUAUUUAAUCAGAAAUGUAAUUGAAAUACUUCUGAGUGUUUUUAAAAAUCAUUUUUACAUCACAGAUUAUUUCUGGAACUCAACCAACAUUUUCUUCUACAAUGAAGGUAAUACAAUAACUAAGAGAAUCAUGGGGCCCUUCUAGGAAACAACAGCAAGACUUUGUAUUUUGUGCUAUAUAAAUGAAGCUUGAUUACGGUUUGGUUCAGGAAAUAGCUUUUAUGAUGAAUGAUGGAGUAUACCUCAAAUGAAUAAAAAUGAGCGAUGCCAUUUUUUCUAGUAACAUUAUGUGCAGCUUUUAGAAUAGUGCACACUGUGACUGAGUAUUAUUUUUUUCAUGUCUAGCUUUCCAGAUACCAUAUAGAAAUAGAAUAUGUUUUGUACUAUACUGAUCUUUUUACAUUCUGUUUCCCCAAAUAAAACUUUUUGAGAUUA